UCAAAAUCAGAAUCGAUGAGUGUCAAGUGCACAACAAAUGGUGCAAUCCUACUUUUCAACUCUCUGAAUCCUUUUCAAACUCCCCGAAAUUCCUACUUAUUUAGCACUUCAGAAAAGAGAGAUUAAUUUUUUUUUAAAGAGCUGCUGGCCUCACAUGAGCACACAAGUACUAAAUGACCCACAAACACAAACCCAAAACUCAAAGGCCACCCCCACCUCCCAUAAGUACACCCAUCUAUCUUUCUGCAAAAAUCAAAGAGAAAAAAAGAGAAAGAAAAGAUCAUCAAAAUUGCCAUGGAUGAGUUGAAAUGUUUAAGGGGUUGGUCUUGAUUAAUUAGCUGGCUAUGAUGAGAUUCAGAUGGUGAAGCGAGGAGGAGGAGAAGGAGGAGUGAUAAUGGCUUCAAGAUGCCAAGACUGUGGGAACCAAGCAAAGAAGGAGUGUGUGUACAUGAGAUGCAGGACUUGCUGUAAGAGCAAAGGGUUUCACUGCCAAACCCACGUCAAAAGCACUUGGGUUCCGGUCUACAGAAGACGCCAACAGCAGCUUCCUGCAGCAGCUCUUCUUUCUCAACAGCACCUUCAGCUUUAUCAUGAACAAGGACAUCAUCACCAAAACCCUAAGAGGCCAGCUGAACACCUCACCAAUCCGUCUUCCUCAACAAGGCUAGAUCAAGAGGUGAAUUUUCCAGCUGAAGUGAAUUCCAUGGCAACUUUUAAGUGUGUUCGAGUGAGCUCAGUGGAAGACAUGGUUGAUCAGCACGCUUAUCAGACAAGCGUGGUGAUCGGAGGGCAUGUAUUUAAGGGAAUUCUCUAUGAUCAAGGUCCUGAUCAUCAUCAUCAAAAUUGUUACACCACUGUAGGCCAAAGCUCCAGCUCCCAUCAUGUAUUGUUAAAUAGGAAAACUAGUAAUUUUAUUAAUGCUGCUGCAAAUACUGCUUCCACUUCAUCAGCUCCUGAUCCUCCUGCAGAUCAAUUACCACAUCAUCAUCCUCCUUCUUCAUACCCAUUGAUUCCCUUUAAUGCUUUCAUGCCUGGUACGCAAUUUUUCAUUAACCCAAAAUGAGUCUUAAUUAGGCUCUCUCUCUCUCUCUCUCUCUCUCUCUCUCUGUAAUUUGUUCUUGUGACUAAAAAAAAUAAGGAAACAUAUAAUUAAUGUAAUAAUUCUGAAUAGUUUUCUUAUGAUCUUAACCAUUUUUAGUAAUAUGUUCAGCUAAUUAUUGGAGUGUAAAUAAUUAAAGAGACUCAUGAGUUCAGAUCCCUUUCUCUUUAAAGCAAGGUACAUAGUUUCUGUUCUUGUACAUUUAAACCACAUAUUGUACUCCAAAAAUGAGAAAGAUAUAUAAAUUCAGAAAGAAGAAGCAGCUAGAUGAGCUUUAGUUAACUACUUCUUUCUCUGUUCAAAUUUCAAUGCCUAAAUUAUGUGUGAUAUAUUCUCUGUGAAAUGUUGUGUGUACAGCAGGGUUUGCAAUUUGUCUUCUUGUAUAUUUGUUUAUGGUUAAUUCUCAUCU